UCGGCACCGCCCGCCCGGCCCCGCCCCACGAGCCGAGGGCCGUCUGUCUCCGCUUCUGCGUUGGCCUCUCCGCCGUCCUCUUUACUACGAUGCCGCUGUACGAGGGCCUGGGGAGCGGCGGCGAGAAAACUGCGGUCGUGAUAGACCUGGGAGAGGCCUUUACCAAGUGUGGAUUUGCUGGAGAAACUGGUCCAAGAUGCAUAAUUCCUAGUGUGAUAAAAAAAGCUGGCGUGCCUAAGCCUAUCAAAGUUGUUCAAUAUAAUAUCAAUACAGAAGAAUUGUAUUCCUACCUAAAGGAAUUCAUCCACAUACUGUAUUUCAGGCAUCUGUUGGUGAAUCCCAGAGACCGCCGAGUUGUGGUUAUCGAGUCGGUAUUAUGUCCUUCCCACUUCAGAGAGACACUCACUCGUGUUCUUUUCAAGUAUUUUGAGGUUCCGUCUGUCUUGCUUGCUCCGAGUCACCUAAUGGCUCUCCUGACGCUUGGAAUAAACUCUGCCAUGGUCCUGGAUUGCGGAUAUAGGGAAAGCCUGGUGUUACCUAUAUAUGAAGGAAUCCCAGUACUAAAUUGUUGGGGAGCCCUGCCCCUAGGAGGAAAAGCUCUUCACAAGGAGUUGGAAACUCAGCUAUUGGAACAAUGUACUGUUGACACAGGUGCUGCUAAAGAGCAGAGCCUUCCCUCUGUGCUGGGUUCAAUUCCAGAGGGUGUCUUAGAGGACAUUAAAGUGCGCACUUGCUUCGUAAGUGAUCUGAAGCGUGGACUAAAAAUCCAAGCAGCAAAAUUUAAUAUUGAUGGGAAUACUGAGCGUCCCUCACCACCUCCAAAUGUUGACUACCCAUUAGAUGGAGAGAAGAUUUUGCAUGUCCUUGGAUCAAUCAGAGAUUCUAUUGUGGAAAUUCUUUUUGAACAAGAUAAUGAAGAGAAAUCAGUUGCCACUUUAAUACUGGAUUCCCUUAUGCAGUGCCCGAUAGACACCAGGAAGCAGCUAGCAGAGAAUUUGGUAGUCAUAGGUGGCACAUCUAUGUUGCCAGGAUUUCUCCACAGAUUGCUUGCAGAAAUAAGGUAUUUGGUAGAAAAACCAAAAUAUAAAAAAGCACUUGGUACCAAGACGUUCCGAAUUCACACUCCACCUGCAAAGGCUAAUUGUGUGGCCUGGUUGGGAGGAGCUAUUUUUGGAGCACUGCAGGAUAUACUUGGGAGCCGUUCAGUCUCAAAGGAAUAUUAUAAUCAGACAGGCCGUAUACCUGAUUGGUGUUCUCUUAAUAACCCACCUUUGGAAAUGAUGUUUGAUGUCGGGAAAACUCAACCACCUUUGAUGAAGAGAGCAUUUUCCACUGAGAAAUAAAAGUUUGAUUAAAAUUCAACUUUGCUUCAUUUCAAAUAUCUAACCAAUUGCAAGCGAAUUGUACUAAGUAUGUAGGAUGCUGUUGGAGACAGCUUUCGUGGAAGUGAAAGCAUUUCUGUAAUUACUCUUCGCAUUAAUAUUUAAUUCUUUUGACUUUUGUUUUUCUUGUGUAGUGGUAAAAUGGUAGCUGAUGCUUAUGAAAUUUGUUGUAUUUGUAUCAAUAAAAUAUAGUAAAGCAGUUUAAUUUUGCAAGUUUGUUACAUAGUUCAUUUUUGAAAAAGGAUAACAACAUUGCCUCUCCACCAUUGACGUAUCUGUGCUGGGCAUUGGAGAAUCCAUUAAUUUCAUUAUUUUCAGCAAUUAUUUCAUUUAAAGAACAAAUAAUGUUACCGUAACCAGUUAUUUCAACUACUAAUGUGGGUCUGUUUUCUUAAAAUCCUUUUGUUUUGGUAUUUUUGUGUCCUUAUUAUAAUAAUCCUGCUUUUCCAGAAAUAUAUUUGACUGGACUAAGAAUGUUUGGUAACAUAGUUAAGCAUUUGUUAAGCAACAUGUGGAAAUGUUCACUUAACUUUCACUUCUUAGCACUUUCUUUUAUGAACAAUUAUACAUUUCUAAGAAAAAA